AUCUAUCUCCCAUCUUCUAUAGCUAACCCCCCCCCCCCCCCCCCCUUUUUCCCAUCAUCAAUUCUUUCUUCUUUAUAUAAAUCUUCCUUUAAUAGUUCUCUACUUUUAUUGAAAAUCAAGCGUUUGUUUUGGAGAUGGAUCCAACCCUCGAUUCCAAGCUUAUUUCGAAUGAAGCUGUUGAUAUGAAAAUCAUGAAGAAAUUAGGUGAUGAUGAUCGGCGGCAAGGCUUGACCAAGGCGAAAAAGCGGUCGUAUGCUUUGGUGUCGUACAAGGAGUUACCGGACUAUAUGAAGGACAAUGAGUUUAUACUGAAUUAUUAUAGGGCUAAUUGGUCUCUCAAGGAAGCUCUUUUUAGCGUCUUUCGUUGGCAUAAUGAAACACUUAAUGUUUGGACGCAUUUACUUGGGUUUCUUCUAUUUUUGGGAUUAACCAUGGCGAACUUGUUGGAACUCCCACAAGUUGCGGAUCUCAUUACAUUCUUAACCAGGUCUUUUCUCAUUAAUGGCCACACCAAUGUUUCUUAUGAUUCUGAAGACCUUUUCCUGGGAAUAACAAAUCUCGUCAAUUUGAGGCAAAUAACUACCCCGGAAUCAGACGUUACACUUCCGGUGACACCCGUUACACGGUGGCCGUUUUACGUAUUCUUAGGCGGCUCCUUGUUCUGCCUCCUAUCGAGCAGCGUUUGCCAUCUCUUUUCUUGUCAUUCACACCAUCUAAACCUUACAUUGCUGCGACUCGACUAUACCGGAAUCACUACCAUGAUCAUCACAUCGUUUUUUCCACCAAUUUACUACAUUUUUCAAUGUGAUCCACAAUGGCACUUUGUCUACCUUGGUGGAAUCACAGCUCUAGGCUUGUUCACCAUCCUAACACUGCUAUCACCGACCUUAUCAACCAGUAAAUUCCGUGCAUUCCGAGCUUUGCUCUUCACUUCCAUGGGGCUCUUUGGCGUUGUCCCCGGAAUCCAUGCUUCGAUCGUCAACUGGUCGAAUCCACGCCGCAAUGUGACCUUGGCCUAUGAGUCAGCCAUGGCCGUAUUCUAUUUAACAGGGACCAUGUUCUAUGUUACUCGAAUUCCGGAGAGGCUGAAGCCUGGAUGGUUUGAUAUAGCGGGGCAUAGUCAUCAAAUAUUUCACAUACUAGUGGUGAUGGGGGCAUUGGCUCACUAUGGUGCUUCUCUUGUAUUCUUGGAAUGGCGUGACCGUAAUGGCUGUUAAAAAGCUCUUUUUCUUCUUCAAAACCUGAAUUUAUGUCUGUUCAAUUAAGUCAUGUAACUGUGAGGAAUAUUCAUUUGUUUUAUUUUAUAUGUAUACAGAAAUAUGUAUUUGUAUCCUUUUGAGGGGUUAGGGGUCUUGGGAUUUAUAUUUUAUCAAGUUCAAAUAUUUUUCUUCAA